AUGGAUUAGAGUUAAAAUAAAUACAAGCAAUACAACGAUUAUUAAAUAAUCGCAACAUUAGGAAAAGGACAAUUUGGAUUGUAGUUUCAAUUAACUAUAUUUUAGAGUAAAAUUAGGUGAGAGGAAUGGAUAAAGAGUGGCAAUUAAGUUCUUCCUAAGAAAUGAUGAUAACCCUUAUACCAUUAGAAUGUUUGCUAAUGAAAUCAAUAUUCUCAAACAACUAGAUCAUCCUAACAUUACCAAUAUGAUAGAUUUCAAUUAAGCAUUUCCAUAUAAAGUAUAUUUUCAUUAAUAUUUUAAAAGAAAUAGAAUGGAAAGAUCGAACAACAAAUAUGCAUUAUAUUAGAAUAUGCUGAAAAUGGAGAACUUUAUGAGUAUAUUGCAAGAUUUGGAAAAUUAAAUCCAGAGAUUUGUAGAUUUUACUUCAAAUAAUUAUUAUCUGUUCUGAUAUAUAUAACAAACAAAGGAAUUUGUCAUAGAGAUUUGAAAUUGGACAAUAUCUUACUAGAUCAAUAAUUUAAUCUCAAAGUUGCUGACUUUGGAUUAGGCAAAGUUUAGGAAGCAGCAUUGUUAAAAACUUAUUGUGGAUCUUAAUGUAUUAUUGUUAUUACAUUAAGCAUAUAUGGCUCCAGAAAUAACCAAAAACCAUGAAUAUAAUGGAAACAAAGCAGACAUUUUUUCUGCUGGUGUAAUUUUAUUUAUUCUUUAUACUGGAUCACCACCAUUUGAAUCUACCUUUGCUAAUGAUAGUUUGUUCCAAUAUUUUGAAAAUAAUAGAUAGAAUGAAUUUUGGAUAAAAUAGAAGAGAAUUUAUCAAAAGAUUCCUGACCUUAUCACAGAUGAUUUCAUGUACAUACAUAUGUUUAUUAUAAAUUAAUAGAAGUCUUAUUAAUGGAAUGUUGGCUCCGAAUCCCAACCAAAGAUUUACUUUAGAUUAAUGUAUGUAACAUCCAUGGACUAAUGGACCAACCGCAACAUUAGAAUAAAUUUAAAACGAAUUCAGAUAAAAAAAAAAUAUAGUUCAAAUUUAAACAUAACAUCAAGUGAAUAGAAAUAUUGACUUACAAACACCUAUUGGUGAUUUUAGAUGCAGCUCUGAGCAAAGAAUUUAGAAAGACUACUCAGAUAUAAUAGAAAAAUAUUAAUUGACUUUUGCUAAUAGAGUACUAAUCAAAAGUAUAGAUAUUGUAUUGACAAAUGAAUUUGUUCUCUAUCAAGAUCCAAAGAUUAUAUUCUGUUAAAUAAUCAAAAAAAUUAUGGAAUUCUAGCCCAAUGAGAUGAAAAUCCAUGAGUCAAAAUACAAAGUAUAUUCUAUUUUUAUUGUAGAUUAACGUUGAAAUUUCAGAUGAAAAUCUAAAGUUUUCAGUUUAGAUUUUAAAUUGUGAUAACAAAAUGUUUAAAGUGAAAUUCAUCAAUUAAUUAGGAAAUUAUAUUUAAUUCAAAUUAAUGAUUUCAAGAAUAAGAGAUAAUUUAUUGCAGAUGAAUUAAUGA